AUGACAAAAUCAAGAAAGCAGAAGCAAAAAAAGCAGGAUUUUUUGAGAAAAAAGUUAAAAGUUGGUAAGCCAAAGGAAAAAGCAAGGAAUGCUACCGAUACAUCUUUCGUUUCCAAGACUAUUUCUAUUAGAAAUCAACAUUUAGACCAAAAUCCACAUGAUUUAACAAAACGGCUAACGCUCUUAAAGCAUCAUAACAUCAAUGUGAGAAAGGAAACAUUAACAACAUUCCAAAAGUCAAUACCGUCUAUAAUAAAAUCUCGACUUAUGACACCAUUACUUACUCAAAGUAUACCGUUGAUUUGCGAUGAAUCGCAGCAAGUACGUCAGGGACUUAUUGAUCUCGUAGAUGAAAUAGGUAGUCACGAUGCGGAGAUUUUAAAAUUGCACUGCAACAUUUUUGUCUUAUACAUUAACAUGGCAAUGACACAUAUUGUUACACAAAUUCAAGCAGAUUCUACUAAAUUUCUCUCUCAUCUGUUGAAGUAUUGCGGAGAUGAAGUGGUUAGGAAAUCUUGGGUAAAACUUUUGAACGGUGUCUUUGGAGUGCUCGGUUGGGGACAGGUAGGGAAAAAUGAUAGCGCUAGCAUAGUGCAAACGAAGAAGCGAAACGCCAAAUAUGUCACUAUUCAUCUCAAUGCUCUGUACACUCUUGUUGAAUACGGAUGUCAGGAUGAACGCGCUAGAAGCGACGGAGACACGGCAGAGACUACAGAGGACAGCGGUACGCUACGAAACCCAUAUUUAAUCCCAGAUUAUCCGCAGCCGUUUGAGCACUUGAAACUAUUUACCAGAGAAUUGAAAGUUCAGGAUGCUACCUCCAGUGGAGUAAAUGCCACACUACUGUCAUUGGCAACACAGGAUAUCGAUACUCGAAAAGCGGUAUUUAUCGAACAAUUCCUGCCUAUAGUACGUAAGAAAAUCGAAGUAAUUAUCAAGGAAGGUGGUGAAUGUGGUAAAAGUGCAAACAAGCUUAAAACGCUGCUUGCAAAAAUCUUUGAUUGA